AUGAACACGGAAGCGACGGAUUCUCAACUUAGCGUUUUAAUAAAAAAAGAAAAAAUUGUGCCUGACUCGCAGGAGGUCGAUGGAAAUACAACUCGAGAACUCGGUGAUAACACACUAGACGAAAUCAUUAAUGGUCAGUUCUCACCGCUGAUGUCCCAAAAUUCGGAGAACGAAUUGGAAAAGCAUUUAAGAAGCACUCCAGGAAUAGAAGGUGUGUUCGAAAGUUUAUUGCACAAUGAGAUACAAGAGCCAGAUAUAACACAUUUAUCUCUCAUGUCCACUCAUCCAUCAGAGUCAGGAAGACAACCAGAGCUGAUAAAAACUAGAACAAGAACGCCGCGUAUUGUAAAUGACGGGCCCCUACAACAAACUUCAAGAAGCGAGCUUCUUGAUCUCAAUGCAUUGUUUGACACCGAAGAAUCGGCUCUAAUGAAUCAGUCAAUAGAGUCUGAAACAACGCUCACACAGUUUUUGGGUGGUUCGCAGCCUAUCGAUUAUCUCAGAGAAAGAACCAAAGAAGAACAAGAUAAGCGCAACCAAAUGAGACAAGAAGAGAAGCUCAUAAAGAAAAUGCAGAAGGCUCAAGUCGAAAAAGCUAGAAGUGAAAUGUUUUCAGAGAGAAAUCAUGAGUUUGAACCAAUGGAAUGCGAUAAUGAUGAAGAAGAUGUCUUCAGAGCUGUUAAGGAAGAUUCAUCGAACAGAGAAAAAGAAGAAGAAUGGCUGACGUUUGAAGUGAAAAAGGAGAGAGCGUCAAAAGUUUCUGAUUUUGAGUUCGAAACAGUUGUGAAUGAUGGCAUAUACUUGUGGGCAAAAAUGAAGUGCAACAUUCCUUUCAUAGUAAAGUGGAAUGUUUCAUCGUGUCACAAGCAACUGUUUUUGAAGGUCCGACUGGUCAACUACAUGGCUUCCGACAAUAUUGAAAACUCUAUUCGCGUUCCAUCAAAUCUUGCUAAGUGCCAUAAUCACAGAAUGACGGAAGAAAAGACUCCCCGAGAAUCAUUUUUUUACGUAGUCAAGUCUGGUGAACAUUGGACACCACAGAUUAAUAGCAAAAAAGAUCAAUGUUUUGUUGCAAAACUAGCACCAGGAACCACUCAGGUUCUAUUCGAUUUGAUUUUCAAGUGCCAAAGAAGUUGCUUGGACUUAGCAGAGAGAAGAAAACGAAUGUGCCUCGCGGUGUUCUUAGAAGACGAGAAUGGAAACGAGUUACUCCACGAUGUCAUCAAACAACUUCUGAUUGUCGGAUAUCCGAGGCGUGAUUGGAAGAAUUUCUGUGAAAAGCGUGGAGAUUUCAAGUUUUCGGAAAAAUCUCUUUUGGUUCAAACUACAAACAAUAUUUUCGCGGAUCAGUCUUCUCUUCAUUCCGGUCCAUCUUCACCUGAAAAGGUCACAGAUACUUCACAGAUGUUUCAAUCAACAUCGUCCUCAUCUAGAAAAAGAGCUGCCAGCGAUGUGAAGUUUGUAGCGUCCGCUGUGCCUUCAUCUGAUCAACAAUCCUAUCCUAUGAGACUUCAUGGAUGCGAGUCUCGGCGCAUGGAGAUGAGUUUCUAUAGAAAAUUCAAGGAAAAUGAGGAUUCUUUAUCCAAUAAAAGACCCCGAUCGCAGUAUGGUCUUCAAAGACAAGUGAAGCUUUCAGAGAAAGAAUAUUCCAAAUUCGUUGCAUUUUUUGCUAAGGAAGGAGAAAAUGAAAUAUCAAAAUAUGCUUCCGCCCACUGCCUGACUCCGGCACAAGCUAGUAGACUUGAUCCAUCUGACAAAAUCGAGAAGUUUCUUGCAUUUGUUGGGGACGAAUCUGCUGCAGACAACUUCCGGAAGCACGGAUUGUUUACGAUGUUAGACUUAGAUAAAUACUUUCAAGUAUACGACAGUGCAUUCGAAACAAUUGGAGUUGAUUCCUCCAAAAUGGAGAAGUAUUACGAUUUGUUCCUCCAUUAUCAUCGUGUGCAGGAAAACAUCAGAUACAAUCAGCCGAAAUGA